AUGACAAAAUUAUUUUUUAAAUUAUUUUUAGUUAUUGCAGUUUCAAGUAUACUUUUCUUUGCAUCUGCCUAUGGUAAUGAAGAAGCAUUUCCAGUAAAAUGUACCAAAUUACUCUGUCCAAGAAUUCAAUGUGACAAUCAAACAGAAUAUGAAUAUUUACCACCAGGUGAGUGCUGUAAAAAGUGCGCUUUAAGAUGUGAAUUGGUAGAUUGUAUGCCCCCAAAAUGCCCAAAAGGAGUAAAUCCAAUCAAAAAGAAUCCAACUGACUGUUGCUUAUCAUGUCCAGUUGAUUGUAGAACAGUCAAAUGUGGUAUACCAAAAUGUGCAAAGGGUUUCGUUGCAAAAGUUAAACCAGGUGAAUGUUGCUCAACUUGUGUCAGAGAUUGCCCAAUUUGUCCAAUUGUUGAUUGUAUGCCAGGUUAUAUCCCAUAUACAUCUGAUGAAUUUUGUUGUACAAAAUGUAAACAAGAUUGCCGUUUGGUAAAAUGUGCUAUGCCAAUCUGUUCAGAUGGUCAAGAACCAAUUAAAAAAGACAAUGAAUGUUGUUAUAAAUGCCCAACAGUAAACUGUGAUGCUGUUAAGUGUGCAAGACCAUUAUGCAAAGAUAAUGAAGAACUUUAUACACCUGAAGGUCAAUGUUGUCAAAUAUGUAAACCAAAACCAACUAAAUGCCCAAUUUGUCCAAUUGUUGAUUGUGCACCUGGUUUUGUACCAUAUACAUCUGAUGAAUUUUGUUGCACCAGAUGUAAAGAAGAUUGUACAUUGGUAAAAUGUGCAUACCCAACAUGUGCUGAUGGCCAAACUCCAGUUAAAAAGGAUAAUGAGUGUUGUUAUAGAUGUCCACCAUUAGAUUGUUCAGCUGUUCAAUGUUUGAGACCUAUUUGUAAUAAAACUGAAGAAAUUUAUACUCCAGAAGGCCAAUGUUGUCCAUCAUGUAGACCAAAAAUAUGUCCAAUAGUAGACUGUGCACCAGGUUAUGUCUCAUAUAUAUCAGAUGUUGAUGGUUGUUACAAAUGUAAACAAGAUUGUCGUUUAGUUAAAUGUCCAUACCCAACAUGUGAAGAUGGUGCAACCCCAGUUAAAAAAGAAGAAGAAUGUUGUUAUAGAUGCCCACCAGUUAAUUGUGCUGUUGUUUUGUGUCCAAAAGUAGAAUGCCCUGAGGUUCAAGAAAAAUAUACACCUUCAGAUCGUUGUUGUCCAAUUUGUAGACCAAUUCCACUAUUUAAAUUAUAA